AUGGGCACGGACACAGACAUGGACAUGAGCACAGGCACGGGCACAGGCACAGACACGGACACGGACACGGACACAGGCACAGGCACGGACAUGGGCACAGACAAGGACACAGACACGGGCACGGGCACGGGCACGGACACGGUCACGGACACGGGCAUGGACACGGGCACAGACAUGGACACGGGCACGGGCACGGGCACGGACACGGGCACAGGCACAAAGAAUUACUACAACAGGACUCAGUUAUCAGACUCCCCACAAAAAUGUCAAUCUUCUGCUUAUCUGUCAGAACAGAAUUAG